GCCGCUGCAAGUUCUCUUCCUUUGAAGGAGGCGUCUAGUUGCCGGUGGAGAGAAUCUGUUGUUGUUUGUGGUAAAGUACUUAAAAGUACCAAAACUAGUAUCCAAACAUGGGAACCCGAGAUGAUGAAUACGACUACUUGUUCAAAGUUGUACUAAUUGGAGACUCUGGAGUGGGGAAGAGUAACCUGCUGUCCCGCUUCACAAGAAAUGAGUUCAACCUGGAGAGCAAGAGCACCAUCGGGGUGGAGUUCGCCACCCGCAGCAUCCAGGUGGACGGCAAGACGAUAAAGGCUCAAAUCUGGGACACAGCUGGACAAGAACGCUACAGAGCAAUCACCUCAGCGUAUUACCGGGGUGCGGUCGGGGCUCUCCUAGUUUACGACAUCGCCAAGCACCUGACGUAUGAGAAUGUGGAGCGCUGGCUGAAAGAGCUGAGGGACCACGCUGACAACAACAUCGUCAUCAUGCUGGUUGGCAACAAGAGUGACCUCCGCCACCUCAGGGCAGUGCCCACUGAUGAGGCCCGAGCCUUUGCAGAAAAGAACACAAUCUCAUUUAUUGAAACCUCAGCCUUGGACUCCACUAAUGUAGAAGAAUCCUUUAAAAACAUUCUCACAGAAAUCUACCGUAUUGUAUCUCAGAAGCAAAUAUCAGACAGAUCUGGACAUGACGAUUCUCCAGGGAACAACGUAGUGGAUAUAAGCGUCCCCCCAACCAUGGACGGGCAGAGGGGCAACAAAGUCCCCUGCUGCCAAAGCCUGUGACGCACAUAUUUUUCUUGUUGUGUUUUGACUUGCUAUCAGUCUUUUCUCUUCACCUCUUCUUUACUGCAAGUGUCAUGCUGCUGGCGUCAUGGUACCCUUGUGGGUUCAGAAGUCUCUGACACCAAGACUCUUGUAGUAAACAUUCCUUUUUGCUGUUUUUCUUUUUUUUUUCUUUGCUCACGCGUCCUCUUCUGUUUUCAGAAGAGCCUGUCUCAAUAACUUUAUGGCCUCAUAAUAGCUUGCAGAGGGAGGAAGUGUUUUUGCUAUUACGAGGUUGAUCUUGAAGUUAUAGUAAACUACAGUUUAAUUAACUAGCUUUUAUGGUCCUAUUGACCCACUUCUGUUGAAGGAGUGGCGAGGGAUCAGCAGGUCUGUGUAUCAGUGCUCCAAGUGAUUUCUACUCUCCUUUUCUCAGCACUGCACUGAUACAGACUUUUGACAUGAUCUGCUACAGUGAAAUCCCAAUUUCAUGUCUGUCUGACCUAAUUCUGCCUAUCAUGCAAUAGCCGUGUAGAAGAGGAGGAACCUUUAGAGUAUUGAUGUGUACUCUGUCUGGAGUUUCUGGUUUAAUUUUAUUUUUUUUUCCUUUUGGAGCCCUCUGUGCCCACUGUGGCAUGAAAUUGGCAUGAGCCAGGAACCAGACUGGCUGUGACUGUCUGACUUAAUAUGGGCAAGUGUGAAAGAAAUGAAGUGCAGGUUUUUAUUUGUGUGUGUGUGUGUGUGCGUGUGUGUUAAUAUGUGUGCACAAAGAUACCAAAGGAGACAGACACCAUCAUUUAUCAGUUUUGAGUUUUCUCCUUUUAAGUGUGUUCAAGGCUGCUAAGAUUGCAGAUCAUUGCUGUAUUUAGCAAACCAAUCCAGGCUUCUUGCAAAAAUGCGUAAUGUAAUAACGCAAAAGUGAUGUUAUGAAUUGUGGUGAGUGAUUUUAUUAUUUGUAAAAUGAUAGUAUCAGCCUCAAACAAGCCUAGUGUGUAUUUCCUCUCUUGAGUUGGCUCAGGUCGAACUCUGUUUUAGCAGGUUGUCUCUAAAUGAAAACCUUUGUACUUUUGCACUUGUGUCCAAGAAUUUCAGUGGAACAAAUCAACUUUAUAUUAUUUAUCAUCAUCUUGAUCAUGAAACAUGGAUCAGUAAAAGAAACAGUGGCAAUUGAAAGGUAAAAACAUGCACUAUAUGUGGUCCUUUUUGUUUUAAACAAGUUUCCUCUCAUAUACUUGAGCAACCUUUGCUGUCAUUUCACUGUGAUAUCUGUCGGAUAAAGAUAUAUGUAAUCUGAGAAUAUUUUCAAUGGAAAAUGAAGCCACUAAAAAUGCUAUUCACUCAACACUUUCACUCCAGCAACAUAAAUGUUUGAAAUUGAAAAUCAGUUUAAUGGCUGAUUUAAUUCCUUUUUUCACCCUUCUGAUUGAAAUGCUUUCAUGUGUGAUUGAUUUGAUGCAUUAUGUCUCUUGUGAUGUUUCACAGUUCAAAUAUAUGUAAAGCCAGCAAAAAUUAAACUUGGUUUGCUACUUGAACAUUACACAGUAAAUACUGAAUUAUGAAUAAACCUAAUCCACAUGACCAUAUAGCAGACAUACUUAUUUUCAGACACCACAUUGCUCACUCAGUGUGUCCAUAACCUAAUGCUGUGUCCUCCGCUGUUGUUUAUAGGUGACUGAGGUGUUAAUGGAAACGUUUGUACGUGCAUUCAAGCCCAUUUCUCAGGCUGCUUCUACAAAUCUACACAGAUGAUAGCUGGGUGCCCUUAUAUUAGAUAAAAUUGUGGUUUUACAGGAUCUAACACAACAUCUUUGGUUUCAGAAGUAUUGGAUAUUUGGUUUCAGAAUGUUUUCAUUCAAACAAAUAUUGCCAUUGUUACUGCACUGUAGUACUACCUAAUGUUAAUAAAAAAUGGUUUAUUGUGUAACACAGAAAA